AUGUCCAACGAUGAAAAUAGCGGAACUAUGCAUGUGAUGCCAGUUUCCAAUACGGAAAUCGAAAGACCCCCACGCCAUAGUGAUCGGUCAUCUGAAGAAACAGUUGUCGUCAACAUCGUGCACUACGAGUUCAGAGAUAAAUACAAAGAUGGUCGAACAACGAUUACAUGCCUCAGUGAAUCUCCAUUGUUUGUGCAAGCUCCUCUCCAUGCUAGACGUUUGAAUGAUGACACAGCCACUGUAUAUCGAAUAUCCGGUGUUGCUGAAGGCGACAGUGUCGAUAGUCGAACAAUUGACAUUUUUGAUGAGCUUCUUUUUGAGCAACUUCUUGAAGAGGCUCGCCAGCAGGGAUAUCGACAUGUGUAUGCGCUUCAGAACUUGUGUAUAUGUAGAGUAUCGUUUGUGAAAGGAUUCGGUAAAAGUUAUCGUCGUACGACUAUACUUGAUACGCCCUGCUGGAUAGAGAUUCACUUCAUGAAUUAUCUUCAAAAAUUGGAUGAGGUAGGAAAUAUCAUACAUUAG